GUUGUCGUCCCUUUCUCUGCUGAGUGCCCCGUCUGUCUGUCCGUUCCCUUGCUCGACCGCUCUUCUGCGUUUCGAACUUUCUUCAGCACCUCCGCCCUUCGCCCUUUUCGACGCCGACUAGGGUUUCAAGUCCUGUCAGUAGAGAUUACAGUAAGCCCACCGUCACCAUGAGAGAAAUCAUUAGUUUGAACGUCGGCCAGGCCGGUUGCCAAAUUGCUAACUCUUGCUGGGAGCUUUACUGCCUCGAGCACGGAAUCCAGCCCGAUGGAUACCUCACCGAGGAACGUAAGGCUGCCGACCCCGAUCAGGGAUUCAGCACCUUCUUCUCCGAGACUGGCCAGGGCAAGUACGUCCCUCGCACCAUCUACUGCGAUCUUGAGCCCAAUGUUGUCGACGAGGUCCGCACUGGUACCUACCGCAACCUCUUUCACCCCGAACAGAUGAUCACCGGCAAGGAGGAUGCUUCCAACAACUACGCUCGUGGUCACUACACCGUCGGCAAGGAGUUGAUUGACCAGGUCUUGGACAAGGUCCGCCGUGUCGCCGACAACUGCUCUGGCCUCCAGGGUUUCCUUGUUUUCCACUCGUUUGGUGGUGGUACUGGUUCGGGUUUCGGUGCUCUGCUUAUGGAGCGUCUCUCUGUCGACUACGGCAAGAAGUGCAAGCUCGAAUUCUGUGUCUAUCCCGCUCCUCAGGUCGCCACCUCCGUCGUUGAGCCUUACAACUCUAUUUUGACCACCCACACCACUUUGGAGCACUCCGACUGCAGUUUUAUGGUUGACAACGAGGCCAUCUAUGACAUUUGCCGGAGAAACUUGGGCAUCGAGCGCCCCAACUACGAGAACCUCAACCGCCUGAUUGCUCAGGUUGUCUCCUCCAUCACCGCUUCGCUCCGUUUCGACGGUUCCCUCAACGUCGACCUCAACGAGUUCCAGACCAACUUGGUCCCAUACCCCCGUAUCCACUUCCCUCUCGUCGCCUAUUCCCCCGUUGUUUCCGCCGCCAAGGCCUCGCACGAGAAGAACUCCGUGCAGGAGAUUUCCAUGUCCUGCUUCGAGCCCCACAACCAGAUGGUCAAGUGCGAUCCCCGCAACGGCAAGUACAUGGCCACCUGCUUGCUCUACCGUGGAGAUGUUGUCCCCAAGGACGCCCACCAGGCCGUUGCUGCUCUCAAGACGAAGCGCACCAUUCAAUUCGUCGACUGGUGCCCUACUGGUUUCAAGCUUGGUAUCUGCUACCAGCCCCCUCAGCAGGUCCCCAACGGCGACCUUGCCAAGGUCGACCGCGCAGUUUGCAUGCUCUCCAACACCACCGCCAUUGCCGAGGCCUGGUCGGCGCUGUCCCACAAGUUCGAUCUCAUGUACUCGAAGCGCGCUUUCGUUCACUGGUACGUCGGCGAGGGUAUGGAGGAAGGCGAGUUCUCCGAGGCCCGCGAGGACCUUGCCGCCCUCGAGCGCGACUACGAGGAGGUUGCCACUGACUCCCUCGAGGGAGAGGAGGGCGUCGAGGCCGAGUACUAAGCUGCUACUAGACUCCCUCGGGUCAGGGAGCGGUGAGCGGUCGAUGCGUUCUUUUCAGCAACUUGCUCGGAUUUGGGAUUCUCUUCUUGUUUGGCCUUUUCUUUUUGCUAUGCAUUUGACAUCAUGUAUUGUAAUUUGUUAUCAUUAUCACUGUGAAUAAGCCUCUCGUGUGAAUUUUGUCCAACGU